CCGGGCGUGAUUGUUACGCCAUUGCAGACGCGCGGUGGCAUGUCUAAUCAAGAGUAUAAGGAGUUUCUGAAUCGAGCAAAGGCCACUCAUUUGCUGGGCCGAGCUGGGGAACCUCAGGAGGUAGCUCAUUCAAUAGCUUUUCUGGCCAGUUCUGCCUCCUCAUUUACAACAGGCGAACUACUUAUGGUGGAUGGUGGGCGGUCUGUGAUGACGCCUCGUUGA